AUGUUCAAUAGAAAGAGAAAGGGAACUGCUAAAAAAAUUUUCAAUGAUGAUGAGAGUAGUGGAAGUGAUGUUAGGAUUUUGGGGGAAGAGGAAGUGGUGGAAAAAGUGAAAUUGAAGGAAUUAGAUAGGAUGAGGAAGAGAGACACUAUUUACAGGGGUAAGAAUAGUGAUAGGGGAAGUGGAAGUGAUGUCGUGCUUGUAACUGAAGAAGAUGUCCCUCCAAACUUGAGAUGUAGUUAUGUCAAGGGUAGGAAGCAGUUUCCAUGUAGAAGAAGAAAGAGGGUUAGAAGUGAUGGAAAUGCAACAAAUGAAAGAAUGACCAUGGAGAGUGAACCUUCAGGGAAUCGAGCUCAAGACAAGGAAAAGGGUCUUCUAAUUGAGAAUCUUGAUGAUCUCAACUCAAAAUCCUCUAGCUUUGAAGAGGAUGCUGAUGAUUCUGAUAAUGCCUGUAGUGAAGAAGAAUCAAGGAGCUUUGGUAAGGAUUCUGAUUUAUCAGAUCAGAAGCCAAAGAAGAAAAAGGAAAGCAGUAGGAUAUCUAAACCCUCAAAGAGAAGAGAAAGAGAUGUGGAUUACAUGAAUAUUCUUCUGGGGUUCAUGCUGAAGGAUGAUGAGCAGACAAACAAACCAUUUUCUUUUGAAGACAAUGGUUCUACUCAUAUACUGCCAUUAAAAUUCAGAUUUGAUGACGAGGAUUUAACCCCACCCAAGAAAGAAGACUGGCAGAAAGAAAUUGAUGAUCUUUUUACUGAGAUGGAAAUGUGUCUCACAUUACCAGAUUCUGACUUUACUGAAUCAUCCGAGAAAAAAGAGACUCCACGAAGACGGGAUUGGGUUGACCUUAGCAGAGAUUACUUUGGUAUUCCUGAGCUUCAUCUUGAUGACUCAGCCUCUGGAAACUAUUACACCCCCAUUGAUGCUGAAGGCUUUGUACUGGAUCAUAUUCCAGAUGACAUUAGGAUGUCAAUGUAUAGUCAUCAGCUGGAUGGAUUUGUCUUCUUGUGGAAAAACAUAGUAGGAGAAACCAACAUCGAGAAGCUGAAAACUGAACUUUCUGAUGAUGGAAGAGGAGCCAUAAUAUCACAUUCCCCUGGCACCGGGAAGACCUGCCUGACAAUUGUUUUUAUUCUGUCAUUGUUGAAAAUGUAUCCAAUGUGCCAACCCGUGAUUAUAGCUCCUACAAGCAUGCCGCUUACCUGGGAAAAUGAGUUCCGAAAAUGGGGAUAUAGAAUUCCUUUUCAUAACUUUAAUAGCAAGGAUUUGUCGGGAAACGAACUCAAAACUGAUGCAAAUUUUCUUCGAAGAGUAGGAAGCCGAAUGAGAAAGCUGUACUCGUGGACAAAGGAGAAAAGUGUUCUAGGAAUCAGCUACAAGUUGUUUGAGCACAUUGCUAGUGGACGGAAGGGAAAAGGAAGUGAUGAAAAACUUAAGGAAAUCUUUCUUCAACUGCCUGGUCUUGUGGUUCUUGACGAAGGGCACACGCCUCGCAAUCAACAGAGUCUUGUCUGGAAGGUUUUGACAAGAGUUAAGACAAAAAGAAAGAUAAUCCUCUCUGGAACUCCUUUUCAGAAUAACUUCGAAGAGUUGUAUAAUACUCUUUGCCUGGUAAACCCAAAACUUUCUGGUUCAGUGACCUCUGAGAGUUGCAGCAGAAGAUGGCAGCGGAAGAGCAAUGUGGAGAAAGAGAGAUGGGUUUCCUUGACCAAUGCCAUUGAUAACAACUCUGACAAUGCAGUAGAGGAGCUCAAAGCUAUGAUAGAUCCUUUUGUACAUGUACACAAAGGUUCUAUACUAGAGGAGAGUCUCCCUGGUCUGAAGGACACACUUGUUAUUUUGCGGCCAACUGAUGAGCAGAAGGGCAUUCUUCAGCUUAUAUCGGAUGAUUGA